UGGGGAAUAAAAUACGAGCUAAUUCGGAGGGUGGAGGAAUUCAUUGAUGGAAGGAGUUAGGUGUCGGCGUGCUGAAGAGGAAGAGAACAAAAACAAUUGAAGGUCGACUAUCAGGAAUUGAUGAGCCAUGAUGAAAUAGAUAGAGGAAAGGAAAGGAACAAUGAAAUAUGGGCAACAUUUAUGUUUAGACAAUUUUGGGUCUUACACCCCUCGCCAGGACCAUUCACAAACUCAUGUUCUGAUUCUGCC